CAUGUCCUAGCUUGCUUUCAAUUAAACAGGUCAAUUUGAAGUUAAUAUAUAUAUUUGUGCAAUGUUAUAUGGAUAUUGUUUAUUUUUGAUUGACUGGAAUAUGUACAGUGUAUAGUGUCUGAAGGAAAUAUAACUCCAUAUUUGUUUGAAGUAACUCCUUUAUUAGAAGUAUUUCUUCCCUGACUAUCAUCUGUUCGGAUCCCGUCAUUUAAUUUACAUUUGCGGGAUUGUGACGUACUCCUGAAAAUACAUUGCACUCCAAAGAUAAGGACUGAAAAUGUCGAGUGAAAGAAAAGACAAGGUAGAAGUAGAAGAAGACAGAGACGAAGAAAAAUUGCUAAACAAUGAAAAAGAAGUAACAAAAGAUACAGCGCAAUCAGGAACAAGUGACAAAAGCAAGUAUGACGAAAAGAACAACAAAGGAGGUAUUCAUCAGGCAAUUUUGCGCAUCAAGAACGAUAACAUGUUUCGCCAUAGAAUCGUACAUACAGCAAUUUUGUGCUGGUCGUUCAUAGGCUUGGGUUGGUCAGCAGGAAUGAAUGGACCUGUAUUUCCAGAUUUGAGACAGAUUAUACGAGAAGACCUUGCAACGUCAUCUUGGAUGUUUACAGUCGGAUCUUUUGGGUAUCUAUCUGGCUCCUUGGUAGGUGGAAUAUUGUAUGACAAAUUGAACAAAGUAUUACUACUCGCUGUGUCAUCACUCGGGUCUGGUAUUUGCACCUUGUUCACACCAUAUUGUUCAGCGCUUCCCUGGAUGCUGUUUAUAAAAUUUGCUGGAGGAUUCUUCUUCGGUGGUCUCGAUACUGGUGGUAAUGCGGACAUAAUCUAUGUCUGGGGAGGCGACGUUGAUACAUACAUGCAGGCUUUGCAUUUCGCCUUCAGUUUUGGUGCCUUACUUUCUCCACUGGCAACGGAACCAUUUCUAGCUGGCAAGACCACGGUUUGUGAUGAGCUCAACAUGACGAUCUCUAAUAACCCCACCGACAUUCCUGUAACAACUAAAGAAUCAAGAAACGGAGUCAUGACUUCUGUUUCACCGGAUUUGAAAUCUUUCACUUCUGCCAAUUCAACACAGUUACUGAAAUGCACUGACCGCUUAGGGGAAACAAAUGUUCACUAUGCAUUCUUACUUUCCGCUGUUUUCAUGUUUUCCGCAACGAUAGGCUAUAUAUAUCUUUAUAUAAAGAUCAGAACAAAGAAACAAAAACUGAACGCAACUCACACUGAAACUAAAACUGACGAUAAAAUUGACAAGAGACAGAAAUUGCCAGUUUAUCUAAAAAUUGUUUUCCUCACUCUCCUUUCGUUGCUAAUAGCUUCAUAUUGCGUUGCAGAAGACAGUUUUGCGGGUUUCUUUAUGACAUUUUCUCUUGACUACCUAAAAUGGGAUAAAUCUACGGGAUCAUUUGCAACAGCCCUAUUUUGGUUUUCUUUCUGUGUUGGGCGUUUCUUUGGAAUCUUUAUUGUCUCAUGUUGCAAAAACUCGACAUUACUGACAUUAUAUUUAUUUCUGUUAAGUUUUGCCUACUUAGGGUUUGUAUUGACAACUUUAUUCAGAUUUCAUCCAUUAGUUUGGGUGUUUAUUACUAUUUUGGGAUUUUCAAUGUCUGUGGUAUUUCCCGCCAUUUUCAGUUGGACAUCCGAGCACGUGAUUCAUGUUUCUGGUAAAAUUUCAGCAUUGUUUCUUACUUCCUCAUGUUUGUCCGGGAUGGUGUUUUCUCUCCUGAUAGGGUACUUGAUGGAAUAUGUUCAUUCCAUGUGGUACGCUUACAUUUUGCUUAUCAUGAGUUGUUCGUGUUUUGUUCUUUAUUUUUGUAUUAGAGUCAUCAGAAAGUGUUGCGUAAAGAAACAAACGCAGACCAGAGAGACGGACAUCAAAGCAGGCAUCGAAAUGACCCUUAUACAAAAAUGAUAUGUUCACAAUUUUAUGAUUUUUGGUAGCAUAUACUUUUUCCCCUUUUAGUGAAAUGUCAAGUACUAUUGUUCUAUAAACAGAUAAAGUACAGAAUAAAGCAUGAAAAUCAAUA